CUCCGGUAAUGUUCGCUAGGCUCACGCCCUCUCCGCAUCUGCCACAAGAGAGACAGGUGGUACGGACACAUGCCUUCAUCCUAGUUAACCUCUCCUGGUUAAGAGAAUAAAUAAAUCGGUUGACAGGCAGUGGUGGGACUGCUGUCGCCAGGAGCGCGCGUCCCCGAUGGAAUUGGAGCCUGUGACCUCCGCGCGGCAAGCACCAGGCAGAGAGAAGGGUGAGAACUACUUGGAUAGAGAACCGCACCGAUUUACGUUUACGUUUUUCACCAUGAUUCUCGGGCGGGCUGCUUUUCCUGCACAUCGGAGGGGAUUCUUACUAUUUACCAAGAAAGAGAGGACAACGAAUCUCUGAGAAAAACAGAGAGAAUUCCCUGUAAUUUUGUUGUUGUUAUUCGGUUGGAUCCUAAUAGCUGGUCGAAGUUGCCCCCGUGAGGAUUGUGAUGGCUUCGGGUGCCGGUAAAACACCUCAGCCCGCCGGGCCAGGCUCCAUUAGCCUUAACGGGGCUGCGGCUGACUUACCGAACAUAGAGCAGGAACUGUAUGAUUACCAGAUGCACAGCAAGAUGUGCAAGAAGAUAGCCCAGCUAACUAAGGUGAUCUAUUCUCUGAACACUAAGAAUGAAGAGCAGGAGGCAGCCCUUCAGGCCAUAGGCCACGCCCAUCAGGAAGAGCUGAGGCGUGUUGCUGUGGUGACGUCCCCAGAAGGGGAGGAGUCUGUGCUCAGGACACACUUCAUAGAGCUGCAAGAAAGUCUAGCGCAGGUUCAGGCAGACUUUGAAAGUUACCGUGGCCAGGCUGAGGAGAGGGAUCGUGGGGUUGAGGCAGACCUGAGGAGGGGGUAUGAGGAGAAGAUCCAGGCCCUGGAGCUGAAGAGACAGGAGGCCCAGGCGCAGCUCAUCGUGGCCCAGGACGAGAGCCUCCAGCUGAGGGGAGAACUGGAGAGGGCUAUGGAGGCUGCACGGAACCUGGAGCUCCAAUGUGAAGAGCUACGGAGUAAAGGAGAAGAAGAGGGGAAGAAGGAAGAGGAGAUGGAGAGGAUGCAAGUGCUCUCAGAGGAGGUGAAAACCCUGAGGGAGGAAAAGGAAGAGAGGGAAGGAGCCAUGAAAGAGGAGAGAGAGAAGUGGGAAAGGAGGCUGAAAGAGGUGAGGGAAGAAAAGGAUGAUUUGAGGAGGAGCAUGGAGCUGGCACGCAGGCAGGAGCGACAGCAGUGGGAGGAGAGAGAGGAGGAGGAGAGAAGAGGACUCAGCACGGUGUUGAGAGAGAGAGUGAGGAAGGCGGAGGGAGAGGUGGAGGGAAGUCUUCAGAGACUCAACGACAGCAAGAGACACGCUGCUAAACUACAGGAAAGAAUACAGGAUCUGGAGGAGGAGUUAGAGUCAGGGAGGAGGCGUGUCUUGGAGGCAGAAGGUGGGGCCAAGAGGGCAUGGGAGGAGUUAGCCGUUGCCAAAGAAAGACUCCUGUUGCAGGAGGACGAGCUGCAGACCAAAUCAGAGGAACUACUGAGUCGUGGUGUGUGUGAGGGGUGUGUGUGUGUGAAUGUGGAGGAGUUGAAAAGUCAGGUGAGCAAACUACAGAGCAGGAACAGGGAGCUGGAAUUACAGAGCAGCGGGAGACACAAUGACCAUGUCCGUCAGAUACGACAGCAUGCGGAGGCACUGGCCAGCCUGCGUUCUGAAAUGGUGAGGGCCCAAUCUGAGGAGCUCCACAGAGAACGCAAACAUGCAGAGCAGGAGAGGGAACGCAUGCAGAAAGAAAUGGAGGUGGAGAGAGAUAGACUACAGAAAGAAAUGGAGGUGGAGAAGGAGCGACUAGUGAAGGAGAAGAAGGAAGUGAGUGAACGCCUGCAAAAAUCAUGGGAGGGAAUGAAAGAGGGAUUACUGAAAGAAAGACAGGAAGACAUGGAACGAGUGCAGAAGGAGAUGGAGGAGGAGAGGGGACGAGUGCUGAAGGAGAUGGAGGAGGAGAGGGGACGAGUGCAGAAGGAAAUGGAGGAGACGGAGAGUCUAAAGCAGCGAAUGGAGGACGAGAGGACGAGAGGGCUAGAGCAGGUGGAGGAGGAAAAGAAGAGAUUGGCAGAGCAGGCAGAGGAGGAAAAGAAAAGACUGAAGGACCAGGUGAAGAGAGCGAUAGAGGAGGUGAUGAGGAGACAUGCAGCUGAGCUCCAUAACGCCCAGGAAGCUCUCAAAAGGACCCAGGAGCAGGUCUGUGGGCGUGUUCAGGAGGACAGGAGAAACAGUGAGGAGAUGGUUCGGAGGCUGGAGAUGGAGAGGGAGGAGCUUAGAGACAAGCUUCAGCAUGCCACCAAUCAGAUCUGGCGUUUGGAGUGUGUAAUACAGCAGAGACAGGAAGACGUGACCUCUGAAACUCCUCCCCCCUGUGGAAUCCACUGUUCCCGCCUUAAAGAGGAACUACAACACACACAGGAAGAGAUGCAGAGACAGGGAGACAGAUUCCAGAGAGAGAUUUCAGCCAUAACCACAGACAGACAGAGACUGGAGGAGAGGGUCCUAGCGCUCAGCCAACAGAAUCAUCAGAACACUGACAGGAAUGUUCUAGAUCACAACCGAGAGAACGCUGAGGCCAGAAUCCAGGCAGAGUGUGAGGAGCGUCUGAGAGCAGAGUUUAAGGUGGAGCUUGAUACUGCUGUUGCCACAAGCAACCAGAGAGAACAGGAGCUGCAGACGCAACUAGUCGAUCUGCGAUCACAGGUGGAAAGGAAGGCGGGACCAGUGGAAGGUCACCAUGGUGACAGUGAGAUUGACAGGCUGCGGAGGGAGGUGCAGGAGACCAGAGAGAUGAACCACAGGCUGAGAGAGCAACUGAAGGAGGAACCUCGUUUACACUUGAAAGAGGAGCGACACACAGUGGCUCUGCAAGCUAUGGAGAGGCGAGCUCAGGAGGAACUUCAGACCGAGAGGAACAGAUUACACACACUACACCAGUUACAGCUAGAUAAGCAGCGCGCAGAGCUGAGUCAGCAGCAUACGGAGUGGAGCCGCCAGCUGACCCAGAGACACAUGAAACAGAUUGAAGACCUCCAGGCAGAGCUAAACACACACACACAGAUGAUGGCCUUACACCAGGACCUAAAGCAGCAGAACCAGUUGCAGGUAUUUCAGCGCCAGCUGGACGAGAGUCGCUGUGCUGUCCAGGAACUGCAGAGGGAGAACAACGCAUUGAAGGAACAGCUAAGGUCUGAGGAGGUGGAGGGAAGAGAAGAGGAGAGAGAGGAGGCCCAGCGACUGAGACUUGAGAUCGAGAGGCUGAGAGGAGAGACAGAGACUGCGGAGGAGGCUCACAAACAAAGGGAGGAACGGAGACUAGAGGUGGAGGAGGAGAGGAGGAGGGAGGAAGAGAAGAGAAGACAGGAGGAGGAGGAGAAGAGGAGAGAGGAGGUGGAGGAGGUGAAGAGAGAUCACAGGAGAGAACUGCAGACUCUGGUGUGUGACUACAGCAGCGCUCAGACUGAGCUGCAGGCCCGCAUCGUGGCUCUGGAGACGGAGCUUCGUGAGCGGGAGGAGAGAUGCAGAAAGAGAGAGGUGUCUCUGUGUGAUGACCUCCAGAUCGGAAGACUGCUAGAGAGACUGACGGAGAGAGACCAGCUCAUCAAACGCCUGCUGGACGAACGACAUCAGCAGCAGCUUCAUCCUCCGGUUGCCGGAGACAACGGAACGUUCAGGCUCCAUGACAACAACAGGCAGCACCCAGGGAACACCACACCAACCAUGAGGAGGAAGCAUCUUGAGGAGUCUCCACCACGAGUCACCAGUACUCCAAACCUCCUCCCACACGAUAGCCCUUCCUCCUGCCAUCCCCAACAUCCCUGCGCCUCCUCCGCUCUGCCCUACGCCUCCUCCUCCCUCCCACGUUCUUCCCCCUCCCUUCCUCGCACCCCCAGGUCACCUAGUAUGGAGCACAGCGGACGCAGCCCUCCCUCUCGUAUCCUCACUCCACUGCCUCCUGCUCCUCCCAGCCCUCCCUCUCGUAUCCUCACCCCACUACCUCCAGCGCCAACAACCCCCCUCCCCCUCUGUCCCUCCCCAAACCCUGAACCGAGACAUGGGAUACGCCAGGUCACCUCAACAUUGCAGGAACUCCGCCCUAAACUGCACAGCCAGCCAUCCAGGAGCCCACAUUUGGAGCCGAGGGGGACUGGCCAGGGAGCAGAGGGGCGGGACUCCCAGAGGCAGGAGUGGUACACCAAGUACUUCUCUUUCUAAACACACACACAUACACACCUCUCAUGCUUACACAUAAACCCCCUAUUGCCUCGUUUAUACAGUGUCAUCUUGAGCACGCACACACACCACCAGCAAAGCCCACCCCGCCAACAUCGCCUCUAAAAUAAACCAAAAAGUGCUUCUCAUACACAGACACACACUAUCAGCACACACUAAUGAUCAGCCCUCACACACACAUUAUCAGCACACACUAUCAGCACACACUAAUGAUAAGCCCUCACACACACUAUCAGCACACACUAAUGAUAAGCCCUCACACACACUAUCAGCACACACUAAUGAUCAGCCCUCACACUCACACUGUCAGCUGAACACUAAUGAUCAGCCCUCACACACACACUGUCAGCUGAACACUGCACACACCACUGAUCACAUUCAUACUUCACUGACAGACCAAACAACGCUUGUUUAAUGCAAACUAACUGUAUGUAAUAUAAUCAAUACUUUGGAAUAAAGUUCAUUUUA